AUGAAUCAAGCCACCUCACAAGUCCUCUCGAAUCUCAUUCCCCGACAUUCUGGCACCCUCCCCCCCGAGCUCCUCGCUCUAACCAGUUCUCUCAUUUCCCAAUCACGCCUGAGAUGUUCAUUAAGUCAAGAGCAGGAAAUUGGGAGGACGUAUGCCUGUGCCAAUCUUGCUUGCGAACGUUUAAAAACAACCUUGAAUCUCCCCAAAAUCGAACCUCGACCUCCACUUCCUCCCAGAGUUUACAAGAAACUAUACGCAUAUAUUGAGGAUACACUAGCUAGCACAACACCGAAGAAACGCGCCAGAGUUGAGGGAAGUGGAAUUGAAAGUGGAAAUGCGACGCCGAGUAGACAAUCAUCUAAGAAACGCACACCAGGCCAUAAUGAUACGCCUAUAAAAACUACGCUCCCGCAACGAGGUACGCCAUCCAAAUCAAAAAGUCUCGCGAGUUUUCGCACUCCGAAGAAAGGAUUGCGGUAUGAGAAGAGAGAUGAGACGAAGAUACCAAGGUGGGUGGGUGUGAUAGGUAGAGAACUCUGUGCGAAAUUGGGGAUGAAGGAAGCUACGCCGCAUGUUUUGGCUGGGGUGGAGAGUCUGAUAUUUUGGGAGGAAGAGAAGAUGAGGAAGGGCGAGGAGAUAAUGGGGAGGUGGCCGGCGAUGAUGAUGGCGGUUUGGAGUAUUGUUUGGGGGAAGUUGAGGACGGGAGAGGAGGUGUUGAGUGAUGAGGAGUUUAAGGAAAAGAGAUUGGAGACUUUGCAGGUGUUGAGAUUGGCAAGAGGAGAUGAAGAGGUUGAGAGGAAGGUUGGGAGUGGAGGAUGGGAGGGCUGGGAUUUACCAGAGGAGGAUGAGGAUGAGGAGGAGGAGAGGAGUAAUGCGAAAGAUGUUAAUGGCUGGAUGGCGGAGAUUUGCAAUAAAGGGUGUUUGGAAAUGGAUUGGUAUCAAAAUAUGGUUCGACCAGACGGUUCAGAUGAUACGGAAGAUGACCAAGAACGAGAGGAUGCUCUAGAUGAAAUCCAAAGAGUGCGAGUUCGCGAAGACGAAAUGAGAUAUGGACUGGGAACAAUGCGACAAGCGAAAGUAGACUACUUGACAGAGAAGAAGAGAGCUGAAUACAAGGCGUGGAAAAGGAAUAUCCUGGCUAAGAUUGCACGGCUACAGAAAGAGGGAAAGAAAGGACAUGUGAUGGAUAUUGAAGCAUAA